AUGAUUGCCGAGAAGGCACAUUCGCAUCCAGAAGACCAUCACAGCGCUGAUAAUCCGGUAUAUCCAGGGCAUUCAAGGCAUGCCACCUCCACAGGAUUCGAGAGUGACUCAGACGGGCCUGUUCCGCUGAAGAAGAAGAAUUCACAAGAUAACGGUACAAGACCAGAACUGGAUAUUUUGACAGCCGUGGAGGCCAGGGAGGACCAUGUUUACAGUGAAAAGGCCGUUCCAUUAGCUGAAAAUAAUGGAUUGCUAUUCCAGGCCAUAACGAGAGAUCAAGAAGAUAACUCGCCAGCGUGUCGUCUGGCCCGUACACGAUCGUCACAGGCUCCCCCGCCAUCAGACCCGGAAAAUCUCACCCGACUAGGGUCUCGUAUGUCAACAGACCCAGCUGGCAAUAUAUAUCCCGAAGGUGGCCUGGAGGCAUACUUGGUAGUGUUUGGAUGCUUUCUCUGCCUUUUUGGCUCCUUUGGUCUAGUCAACGCGAUCGGGACCUUCCAGGCUUACCUGAGCGAGAACCAGCUCAAAGAACAUGAUCAGAGCACCAUAUCAUGGAUAUUUGGGGUCUUCUCUUUCCUAAUCUUCUUCGGAGGUCUCCAGAUCGGUCCCAUCUUUGACGCAAAGGGCCCAAAGGGGUUGGUCCUCAUCGGCUCGACUCUUGUAGUCGGCAGUCUGAUUGCACUCGGAUUCUGUACCGAAUACUGGCAGAUCAUGGUUGUCUUUGGCGUUGUCUGCGCAGCAGGUACUUCAAUGGUGUUCACCCCAGCAGUUGCUAACCCUGGCCACUUCUUUUUCCGCCUUCGGGGGAGGGCCACCGGCUUGGCCACGACGGGUGGGAGCGUGGGAGGCAUUAUAUUUCCCUUGGUGCUAGACGUCCUCUUUACCAAAAUUGGAUUCGCCUGGGCCACUCGUGUCCUGGCUUUGAUAUGCUUCGUCUCUCUUGGUGCUGGGCUGAUGUUAGUCAAGUCACGAUUACCCAGACAACGUGCUACUAUGAAGAACAUCAUGCCUGACCUACGCAUCCUCCUUGAGCCGGUAUUUGCAUGCACGACACUUGGCAUUUUCUGCAUAGAAUGGGGUCUCUUCGUGCCUCUUACAUAUAUCUCCUCCUACGCUCUUCACCAUGGCCUGCCGAAAGCGUUGUCAUACCAGCUCCUUGCCAUCCUCAAUGUUGGAUCCUUUUUCGGCCGGUGGGUUCCGGGAUAUAUAUCUGAUUACACCGGGCGCUUCAACACGAUGAUUGUCACCGUCCUCAUGUGUCUGCUCUCCGUGUCUUGCCUAUGGCUCCCGGCCAAUGGGAACACGGCGAUGACAGUAGCAUUCGCUUUCAUCUUCGGCUUCUCGAGUGGAAGUAACAUCGGGUUGACUCCAGUGUGUGUAGGCCAGACUUGCAAGACUGAGAAUUACGGACGGUACUAUGCCACUGCCUACACUGUUGUUAGUUUCGGGUGCCUGACCGGUAUCCCUAUUGGAGGGUCAAUCCUCACCCGCAACGGCGGUGAAUACUGGGGUCUCAUUACCUGGACGAGUUGCUGCUACUUUGCUGGGCUAGUAUUUUUUAUUGCUGCCCGCGUGCUUCGAGUCGGCUGGAGCCCGUUAAAAAUAGACUAA